GUCUGGCUCGGAAAAUGAACGAGAUGAAAGUCGUAAUAACCGACGGAUUAAAACAUCAUCUGAUAUACCAUCGACAAGUGAUGACGGUAAGGAUAUGGGACGAGAUAUAAUUGCAAUGCAACAAGUCCUGACUGAUGGUCUUCAGCGAGGUUUUUCUAAGCUUACGGAGGCUAUUGCUUCGCAGUUAAGCAACGCUACCAAACAGGGGCGCACUAGGACUCGCUCAGCAUCAGAGUCAUCGGACUCCGUGGCAUCAGUAGCAUCGGAAACACGAAAAGCUACUAAAAGAGCGCGUCGUGAGUCAACAGGUGAUGUUGACGUGGAAGUUGACGAAUUGUUAGCAGGGAAUGAUCCCAACACUACAUCGAAUGUUGCCUCUGCUCAAAAUGAGGAGGAUGUUCUAGGCUCAAUAGCUGAAGAAUACAACCUUGACGAACAAUGUGCUGAAGAGGUUAAUCCUAAACUAGCAAGCAUUGUUAACAAAAUGGUGCGUAACAGAUUAACCGAUGAAAAACUUAAAGAAAAAUUGACACAGAGUACUCGGCCCACAAACUGCGAGAACAUUGUAGGCACUAAAAUCAACCCUGAAAUUUGGCCAAAAUUGAAGUCAAGCACUCGGAGUCGAGAUAUUAAAUUACAACGGGUGCAAAAUAUGUUACUGAAGGCUAGCAUUCCGGUGGUUAAAGUUAUCCACAAACUCAUGCAGGCUGAUUCAUCUCAACUUGAUGAUAAUAAAUCACUGAUAAGGAGUCUAAUGGACUCUAUGGCCAUUCUGGGACAUACUAAUUAUGAGUUCGUGCAAAGACGUAGAGAACUGAUACGACCAGACCUUAAUGAUAAAUAUCAGCAACUUUGUGGUGAACAUAUUGAGUUCACAAACUGGCUAUUUGGGGAUGAUUUACCCAAACAAGUGCAGGAUAUUAGUGCCACCAAUUGAGUAAGCCAACAGCUGGCUAGUUCCCGACAAUAUGAUCGGCAGAAUGGAACGGGCUCCUACUCCAGGCACUCACAUCGCCCAAGGGACCAUUAUGGUCAGAAUUUUCGGCAGGGCCCUCGAUGGCACA